AUCAAAAACUAAGAUAACUAAAAUUUUACCGAUUGGGAUGUCUUCUGUGAAGAAACCUCUCAUAUUUCGACAGUUGUUUGAUAGAGAGACCUGCACUUACACCUACUUACUGGGAUGUCCUGAGACAAGAGAAGCUGUGAUCAUUGACCCAGUGAUUGAGUUGGUUGAACGAGAUACAACCUUGAUCAAAGAACUAAAUCUGAACUUAAAAUAUGGGCUGAAUACGCAUGUACAUGCUGACCAUAUCACAGGGACUGGAAAAUUAAAAGAAAACUUUCCUGGAUGUAAAUCUGUCCUUGGGAAACAUUCUGGAGGGAAAGCUGAUGUUUGUAUGGAUCAUGGAGAUAAAAUCACAUUUGGAAAUCAGACCCUCGAAAGUCGCAGCACUCCUGGACACACACACGGAUGUAUGACAUAUGUUUGCCAUGAACACAAGAUGGCUUUUACAGGGGAUGCUCUCAUGAUAAGAGGAUGUGGAAGGACUGACUUCCAACAAGGUCGUACGUUAACCACAGUUGAAGAAGAGAAGAAGUUUAAUCCACGUUUAACACAAACAAAAGAAAAGUUUAUUGAAAUAAUGAACAAUCUUAAUCUCUCUCCUCCCAAGUUUAUUGAUAAAGCUGUUCCAGCCAACCUUGUCUGUGGAGUAUUCGACCCGUAGUAUGCCAACUAGCUUCUCCGCUUAUUGUGCGUUUUUGUUUUUAAUAUGUAUGUACUUGUACAAGUUCAAAUUUUUUUAUUUGAAGGCUCUCACCCUGACAUGGGCCAAAUCCGGCCUGUUGGGUAAUUCAUUCUGGCCCGCCUGAUGCUGCCAUAAGCAAACUAAAAUCAAAUUUUGAUGUUUUAGCUAAAAAUACCUCAAGGAAUUUGUUGAGAUUGCAAUUAAAUUCAUUUUGGCACAAGGAUUAUUGUUUCCCACCUAUGCUUUUGUAACAAUGUAAAUAUUAUUCAUAAUUGUAACGUUUUACACACACUUACAUAUGGCCCGGCAGCCUAGGUGGGCAAAAUUUUUGGCCCCUGAUUCAAAAACCUUGCUCAAACCCGCUCUUGACAAACAUUAAUUAAUUUAUAGACAACUUGAUCUCUCUGGUUCAGCUCAGAGACUAUUCAGUUAUUAUUACACUUCAAUUAGGUUUGAGGCAUUUUGUGAUUUCAACCUUGAAGCGGUAGCUUCGGAUUCAAAUCCAUAAUCUAAAAUUGAAAUCUGGAAAGUCACAUCGAAUCUUGAAAUUGGCUGGUGUUGGUCGGGCGAAGUGUUACAAAAUAAAAUUGGUAAAGUUAAAUGAAAGAGUUUUGAGCCUUUACAUUAUACAUAUUAUGCAAAACCUUAUUUUUCCAUAUUUUUUUAUUGCUGAUUUACACAUAGUUAACAUGAGGGGUCAUGACCUGCAUAGCCUAACAGAGUGAUCCAUGGCCUGAUAGUGACCGUAUUAGCAACCCCAAGUCAGUUUCUUCCUACCUCUUUCUAAUAAUAAGAUUUCUGUUGUAUAUGGUGUCCAUAAAUUCUUGAAAUUUUUCAAAAUGUCAAAGGAGAUAUAAUUCAUGCACUGAACAGUAUAAUGUUCAAACUUACACUGAAAUUCGGGCUACACCGAGUCUCAGGAACGGAACUGCGUCGUAAGUCGAGGACUCCCCGUACAUCAAUACUAUCCAUAUAUUGUUUUGGCCCCUUGAUGUAUGUACAACUUUGGUUAAGAUAUAUCGAGGACUGACUUCAUAACAAAAUUGAAACUGUAAAAUGACUUCAUGGACACCUGUAUAACCAUAUAUGGUUGAGUGUAAAAACUAACCUCUUACUCAGUACCUGCAUUAUGGAGUUCAGAAUUCUGAUGAACUUGGUUUUUGAUAUGGUGGCAUUGUUUUGUAUAUAUUCACUUCACACAGGGGAUUCAAACUUCUAUCACAGCGCUAUAUUUAACCUUUUUCUAAAAGUCACUAUUAAGCACCCUUCCCUCUGGGUACUAUAUUCUUUUUAACUCUCUGGUGUUUUUGUAUUGUAUGGAUAGCCAUAGUUUGACUAUAUGCAAACUACGGAUAACUCAAUCGGGCCCGCCUGAUGCAGCCACAACCAAAUUUUGAUAUUUCAUCUGAAAAAUUAGAACAAGGAUUAAUUGAAAUAGCGAAUAAAUUUAGUUUUGGCAUGAGGCUCAUUGUUUUCCAAUUUUGCUUUUGUAACACUGUAAAUAUUCUUCAUAAAAUAACACUUACGUGGCCCAUCUGUCUUGGUGGGCUGAAUUCUUGGCCCCUGGUCCAAAAACCUUGCC